AUGGACGCCUUUAUACCCAUGGGAGGCGUCCGGCCGCCAGCCUUCCAGCGCAGGUUGAGCCGCUUGUAUAACGAUACCAAGAAGUCGUCCGACUUUGUCAAGGAUCCCGUCCACCAUGCCGAGGCCGACCCCGAGAUCAAAUCGCUUCACCGCAAGCUGCGCAUCCAGAAGGACCGCCUUGUAACAUGGGGCCUCGAGUGGUCCGACCCGAACCAGUCGGCCGAGGUGCUGAUCGAUUCGUCGCUCUCCAAGGCCGGACUGAGCGAGGUCGUCGGGAGCAUCAUGUCGACUAUCAAGGACAUCCUCGCCGAGGCUGAGCCGCUCUGGAACAGCUCGCGCCGCCUGGCGGGCGAGCGGGUCGAGCCCGAACCCGCACCGAGGCGCGGCGAGAAGAUCCGGAUGGUUGUCUGGGACAAGAACCGGUUCGAGGAUCUGAUCCGCGACCUGACCACGUCCAUCGACACGCUCUACGAUCUCUCGAGGACGCGGUCCUCGCAAGCCUCGGCCGCCGUCCGGCAGACCCUUUCCGCCCCGUCCCCCGCCCCGGAGGACCUGCGCCCGUUCGAGUCGUCCCGGAUCCAGACGCCCCAGCAGAUCGACCCCCAGUCGCUCACUAACCUACGCUCCAUGCAAGCCGAGCCCAUGACGGAGCGGGCCGAGCCGGCGCACUCUCGCGAGAUCGUCUUCAUGAGCAAGCAGGCCUAUGCCGAGCUCACCCAGACCGCCGCGGGAGUGAGGCAGCCGCACGCCCCGCUGCUCCUCGAGUAUGCCGCCUUCGAUUCCAUCUACUCCGUGACGGGCAUCUCACCGCCCAUGGCCCGUUUCGAGAAGGUGUCGGCCGGCCUGCAGUCGGAGCCGCAGCGGCCGCCGGGGUCCUGGACGGGUCUGCCGCGCCUGCUGGGCUACUUCGAGGACAUGGAGAACUCGAGGUUCGGCCUGGUUUACCAGUUCCCCAGGACUUUCAAUCCCGUCACCUUCGAGCACCUCACUCAGAACCCGCUCUACAACCUCUGUUCUUUGGCCGACCUGCUGGCCCGCCCAGACUUCGAGCCUAAGCUCGAGGCCAAGUUCCGGCUCGCUGCGAACCUCGCCAACACCGUAUUCGACAUGCACGCCCGCGGUAUCACUCACGGCAACCUUGUGGGGGACAACAUUUCGUUCUGCAACGCCGUCGGCACCGACCCCGAGGUCAGCGGCAUCAACCAGGGCGAGGUCGACAUCAGGCGGCCCCUGCUCUCUUCCUUCGACCUCUUCUCUGACCCGCUCUCGCAAGAUGCCCCCAGGCCCUUCUCUCUGUACAGGCACCCCCUUGAUCCCAGGAACAGCGCCCAAUCGCCGCUGGCCAAUAAUGCAGACUCCAAAACGUUCGACCUCUACUCCCUCGCCAUGGUCCUAUUGUCCGUCGGUCUCUGGACCAAGCUCGAGAACCUGGUUCCCAACAUGGAGUCGCCCACCCUGCCGGAGUCGGUCUUGGAGACGCUCGCCAUUCGCUGCGGCUCGCUGUACAUGAAGGCGGUGCAGACCUGCUGGAACGCCGUUGACCAGGAAAUGUCGGGCGGCCUUGUGACUGAGCAGAUCGUGUCGCGCGCCCAGCUCAAGGCGAGCCGCUACCUCGAAGCCUGCUGCAUUCUCGACGGCGUCAGCAAUCUGGAGGAGCGGCUCGGUGACGAUCUGGGUGAACCCCGGCCGGAACCCGCGCCGCCGAUCACGGCUGGUCCGUCUGUACGCAAGUCCGACAAGGCCCGAGCAGCACGGACGGAGAGCAAGCCCGAGCAAACCGCGGCUCCCGCCCAGGUCGUCCGGGCCGACAGCGAAGGUAGGAAAUCCAUCAAUCAGCAUACCCCCCGAGCCGGGCUGACAGCUGGAACAGUCGAGGAAUCCACGAAGCCGUCCAAGAAGACGCGGCUUUACCCGCAAAUACCCCUCCCCCCUGAUAUUGUCGAGAAGUGGAACACUAUCUUCAUGCCCCAGAUCAACAGUGCUCUACGGCACUUCUACCGCAAGAACCCCGAGUCGGUCGAGAUCUCGCUCGAGUCAAUUGGCGAGAGCCCCCAGAGGACGAAGCCGACCGUCCUCGUUGUCUGCACUUCGGUGGGCAAGGUUAAAGCGAUCUUGAAAAAGAAGCUGGGUGACCUCUUUGACGGAACUGCCGGCGUCGCACUCAAGGUGUGCCGGGGUCAAGUCCUCCGCUCACGGAAGCAGCCCAGCCGUAGCAUGGCCAAAGCUGUCGACGACGGCCAGGAGGAGGUGGUGGCGGCCAACCCGGACUUUCAGGAACGGCCAAAGAACGGCGCGAGCAUCGGCGCGUGGAUCGGCGACCGCCACCUACCUCCGGUCAGCCUCGGCGGCCUCAUCACGGUGGACGACAGACAGUACGGAAUGACGGUUCAUCACAUGCUGGAUGACCCGGACCAGGCGGCAAAAGCGGGAAAAGACGGCGCGCCGAGGAGUAUGGCCGGCCCGAGGACAGACCUGGCAGCGUGGUAUGCCGAUCAGUAUC